AUGAACUCACUGCAGGGCUUGAGCUCCUGGGGGAGCAACCUAAUUGGUCAGGCCUCAGAGCAGCUCAAGGAGGUUUCCGAUCAAUUGGCCCCCUCUGCGGCAGCUGCCGCGGCACACAUCCGUUCCGGUGUCAAAGAAGUUCGGAGGUCCGUGAAGGAGAAUUUCGGAACAGCCGGAGGGGGAGUGGCAAGCAGUUUUGUGGGCCAGAGUCACGUACUGAAGGGUGCGCGCGGCUCCCCCCCCAGGGAUGUGACCGAGGUGGCGCACAUUGCCGAAGGUGCCUUCGGCGCCGUCAUGAAGGUCACCUGCUCCAGGACUGGCGAGCGGUUUGCGCUGAAGAAAAUCAGUUGCGCCGAGGGUGUCCAGGUCGCCAGCAGCUUCGAAGCCGCGGAGCGCGAGGCGAAGAUCCUGAGCGAACUGCCGCCGCACGAGAACAUCAUCCGCUGCUUCGGAUUUUCCAUCGAUGCCCCGCAGCGAUCAGGCGGCAGCGGCACCGUCAAGCUGCUCCUUGAGCUUUGCAAUGGCCACCUCCUGGACUUCCAGGACUCCAAAGGCGGAAAGCUGUCGCCCAAGGAGAUGAUGGAUCCCUUCGUGCAGGUGACGGAAGCGGUCCGUCAUCUACAUGCACAGCGGCCCCCGAUCCAGCAUCGUGACCUAAAGGUGGAGAACGUGCUGCAGGGCAGCGACGGGAACUGGAAGCUCUGCGACUUCGGUUCUUGUAGUACGGCCUGUGUUCCAGGCCAUGAGCUGCCCAGGGGCGAACUCCAACGCCUACAGGAGGAGAUUGACAAGACCGUGACAAUGCUGUACAGGCCCCCCGAAAUGGCGGACGUGCAGCUGAAUUACCGGAAGGGCUAUGCCAUUACAGAGCAAGUAGACAUCUGGAUGCUGGGAUGCAUCCUCUACACCCUUGCCUUCUAUCGGCAUCCCUUCCAGGAUAACGCCACGCCGAUGGCAAUUUGGAACGCCAAGUACUUCAUUCCGUCGGAGCACCCAAUGGCCAGGAGCGCGAAACUCUGCGCUCUGAUCCACUGGCUGCUGGCAGCAGACCCCAAGGACCGGCCCCAAGCCCCACGGGUGCUGGAGGCGUGCAAGUCAAUUGGGAAGAGCGAGUACGACGAGUUUGUCGGGCAGAUGCCCGCAUCCGUGCGGGACAGAAUCCUGCAGCACGAUCGCAUCUAUGGUGCAAGGAGCACGAAGGAGCCUCCAAAAGAGUGGGACUUGAAGAACCUCCAGUCAGCUGCUGCUGCAGCCCGGAGUCAGGUGGCAGCGAGCCACAGCAAUGGUCAGCCCAACGGCAAAGUCCGGGAGACCCAGGGGUUUGACGUCCGCUUUGCGUUGUCUCCGGACACUAACGGAAGCGGAGGCUAUUCCCAGAGCUCCCAAGGAGGGCGGCGACAGGCAGCCGCGAAACCUCCAAGCCUGCAAGAGGAUCUGCUAUCCCUGGAUGCUGGCUCUCACCAGCAAGGCCUUCACCAGGCCGCCUCGAGCCCUGCCCUGGACGAUCUUAUCGCUCUGGGCCCGGCGACGCCGUCUCGGGCGAAGAGCGCCCCGGCCGUAGCGACGCCAGAAGGAGGAGCAGGUCAAAACCUUUUGGCUUUCGCAUCUUUCGCUGACUUCGGCAGCAUGCCGCAGCAGGCGCAGCCUGCGCCAGCUGCAUUGAAUGGAGGAUUCCCCGCACCUGCGGCUCCCAUGGCAGCCGCGCCGAAUUUUGCCGAUUUCGGAUCGGCGCCGACCUUUGACGCGUUGGCUCCGACGGCUGCGGCAGCUCCGGCUCAGCCAAGCUCGGGGCCUUCGGCAAAUCUGCUCGACCUGCUGUGA